GUCUCCUUGAUCAGCAUAACAUCUGUAAAUCUACCACUCAUUUAUUCCUUUGUAUCACUGGCCGGAGUGAUGCUGCUGUUGGUGUCGACACCGAUAGGUUUCGCAAAAAUGUUUGGUAUCGUUGGGGAAAUGACCAUGAACUCAAUCUCCAUACCAGACCAGGACGAUAUCGUGGUAAAUCGUUUGGAGAGAUACUGUCAGCAACGAGCUGAAGCCUUGAAUAAUUAUACAAUCAAUAAUAACAUAAAGAGUCGGGACUACGACGGUAUUUCUUCAUUCUAUUCGCCAGCAUCUCACGGCUAUUCACCGUUGCGCCUGAGAGCUAAGGUUUACGCGAAUGGAAACCCUAUUGGUGCUGGCGAUUGUGGCGAUCCAUACUACUUGUUCUCAUCAUCAGUGUACGGAUAUUCUCCCCUAACGAAUGGCACCUUUUCUUCCAUAGGUGGCUAUGGAGAUUGUGGCCUGAACCAUUCUGAAAAGACUGAAGAUCUGGAUGGGUUUCCGAAGCACAGUAUAAGCAAUGGCUGGGCUAAUGGAGCUGCUGUGAGAAUGCGUCACCCAAGUGCUAUGGCUAGCCAGUUCUGCUCUAAAGUACGAGAAAAAUCCGUGAGAUGGUGUCAGCAGUUUACUCGUGUCAUCAAAUUUCCUGCCAUUGUGGUUAGCUUACUGGCUUUGACGGGAAUUUCGUUGCUGAUGGUGGUAAUAAACUCAUUGAAGCUGAUGUUUGGAUUUCGAAGUCUACCAGCGUAUGCACAGUACAUGGAAGUGCAUACAAGACAUUCUCUAGGUAUUCUUGGCGUGGCUAUCGAGAGUAUCACGAUCAUGUAUGUGAUGGCAACUUCUCUUAUCGGUUUCUACUCGAUGCCUUUUGUACGAGCUUUACGUCCCCAUCGAACCAAUACUUCUCUGACAGUGAUCAUCAUCAACUGCAGUCUGGUAGUGGUACUAAGUUCAGCUUUACCUGUGCUAGCGAAUACUUUGGGGAUCACAUCCUUUGAUCUCCUCGGAGCAUACUCGUCUCUGAAAUGGCUGAGCAAUUUUGAACUGGUGCUGGCAUACAAUCUGCUAUUCGCGGCUGCCACUAUAGUCUGCGUUUUUUCCAAGAUCACGAGUCCAGUAAGAAAGCAAAUUUUGAAGAGGUUCCGACAAAUUCGAUGUCGCUGUUCGGUGUCAGUCGAUGAGGAAGCCACGGAGAAGAUCGAGUAG